AAAGGUCAAAAUUGGGUUAUUCUCGUAGCAGGUUCGAAUGGAUACUUUAACUAUAGACAUCAAGCCGAUAUUUGUCAUGCUUACAAAAUUGUAACUGAUAGAGGAAUUCCUGCUUCAAAUAUUAUCACCUUCAUGUUCGAUGACAUUGCCUUCAAUCAUGAUAACCCACAAAAAGGUGUCAUUAUCAAUGAAUAUAAUGGCACCAAUGUUUAUCCUGGAAAGGAAGCUAUUGAUUAUAGAGGUGAAGAUGUUACACCUGAUGUUUUCCUCUCAGUUCUCAGAGGAGAUUCGAAUAUCACUAGAGGAAAUGGAAAGACAUUGAAAAGUGGACCAAAUGAUAGGAUUUUCAUUUAUUUUGCUGAUCAUGGAGCUACCAAUAUUUUGGCUUUCCCUGGAUUUAAUGUAUUGCAUUCGAAAGAUUUAUUAGAAACACUUCAGUAUAUGUAUAAGAAGAGAAUGUAUAGUCAAGUGUUGUUUUAUGUGGAAGCUUGUGAGAGUGGAAGCAUGUUUAAUUCUGUACUGAAUGCUAAUUUGAAUGUUUAUGCAGAAACUGCUUCGACUCCUUUUGAAUCAUCGUAUGCAUGUGAUUAUAGUGAUAUAUUUGGAGCUUAUUUGAAUGAUUGCUAUUCGAUUAAUUGGAUGAAUGAUACUGAUUUUUGUGAUAUUCGAAAGGAAACUAUUGCUGAACAAUUUGAUCAUGUUUUGAAGGAAACUUCAACAUCACAUGUUUGUAAAUAUGGUGACAUGUCCUUUGAGGAUGAAACUUUGAUUUAUUUCCAAGGAAAU